AAAGACAUUUGACAUAAGCUAUGAAAAAAGUUGUCAAAUUCGUUUGUCGAUUUCCUUGAGAUUGCAAUAUUUUUGUAAACUGUUUUCGCGUUUAAAAAUGUUCAUUCACGUUACCGUAGGAUAAGUGCCUCCUAUAAAAGUGCUUGAAAUACGGAAAAAUGUGGGUGAAACCUCAAGAAGUGUUCAUCAAAACUGCGUUAUGGGAUUGUGACGAGACGACUUUGUAUUUCGUAUUGCAAAGGAGGAAAGGUCAUGGUAAAUCCAAAGGACUGUCUUCAUUGCUGGUUGGAACUCUAGACAGUGUUAGAGAUACUAAACCAGCCCCCUACAGAAUAUUGCAUCAAACACCCAAUUCUGAAGUCUAUUUUGUGAUAGCAACAGCAUUAACAGAGCAAGAGAUUCGAUUAGACUGGCAAUGGCUGUUUGAUAAUGUGUGCCCAACAUUACACUCCUUUGAUACCGAGGAAGAGAUUACAGAGUUUGUCUGUUGCAAAAUAAAUUCCAUCAUUGCAACGGAACAAGAAAACUUAACUGAAGAUGAAGACACUAUUACAUACAAAAAUGUGGAUUAUGAAUUUCACCAAAGAUUUAACAUGCCAAAGGAUGAAAAGUUGGUAUGUUAUUAUUCGUGUAGUUACUGGAAAGGUAAAAUGCCCCGACAAGGGUGGAUGUACCUCUCAGUCCACUACAUGUGCUUCUAUUCCUACAUAUUUGGACGUAAAACAUCUAUCAAGAUACGUUGGGCGGAUGUCACAGAACUGGCAAAGACCAACAGCCUUUUGUUUCCGGAUUCCAUAAAAGUUGUUACCAGGGAUGAUAAGCACUACUUCACAAUGUUCCUAAAGAAGAAUGAGACAUUUGCUUUGAUGCAGCAACUGGCUAACAUUGCCAUGAAACAGUUGAUUGACGACAAAUCUGGCACGUUCAACAUUGAUAAGGAUCUGCUUACUAAGUUGAGUAAAAAUGUACCAAAGAAACCGUCUUUUCUUAAGAGAGAUUUGGACGCACGGAAACAGUCAAAUCUGUACACGUUGAGAUUCCGACUGCCACAAACUGAGAAAUUGGAUGGGACUGAGGAAUGUACACUGUGGACUCCAUACAACAAACGCCACAAUUGGGGCAGAUUGUUUUUGUCACAGAAUUUCAUAUGCUUCGAUAGUAGGGUACCGAAUUUAGUCCGCCUCACGAUACCGCUCCGGAACGUGCAUCAAGUCGAGCGCGCGGAUUCGGGCGGCACCGGCAGUUCCGGGGAUUCCGGCAGCAUCCUCAUCACGACUGCGCAUCACACGAGUUUUCUCUUCGGCAACAUAUCCGAUAGAGAUUUCCUCGUGCAUAAAAUAUCGGAGUUGCUCGCUAAACUUCCGAAUGAUGUGUACAGGGAGAAGGCGACGCGUGCGCUGCCGCGGGAGGAGGGCCGGGGAGAAUGGACCGCGCAGCCGCCGCUCAUGACGCUGUUCCGGACACACCAGACGUCCCCCAUUAAACAGAUACAGCAGAAAAAGGAAAAACAAUGGGAGGACCACAUGUCAGAAGUAGGCCGUGGCGUCAGCAUGUAUCAGACCACAGACGGAAGCGAAUUAGUAGUGAACGGUAUACCGGAGUCGCUCCGAGGCGAACUGUGGAGCGUGUUCUCCGGCUCUAUACUGCAGAAGGCACAGAACAAAGGACUAUACGAGAGGCUCGUGAACGAAGCCCUCUCGUCGAAGAAUCAAGCGAACGAUGAGAUAGAAAGGGAUUUGCAUAGAUCCCUGCCGGAGCAUCGGGCGUUCCAGAAUGAUGUUGGUAUUUCGGCACUACGUCGUGUACUAUGCGCGUACGCACUCAAGAACCCGACAAUCGGAUAUUGCCAAGCUAUGAACAUAGUGGCGUCAGUACUCCUCAUAUAUUGCCCGGAGGAGCAAGCGUUCUGGUUGUUAGCUACUAUAUGCGAGACGCUGCUGCCUGAUUACUACAAUACUAGGGUUGUUGGAGCUUUGGUCGACCAAGGCGUCCUAGAAGAGCUGACAGAAGUCCACCUCCCGGAGCUGCACGCCAAGCUGGACGAGCUGGGCAUGAUGAAGAUGAUCUCGCUGUCGUGGUUCCUCACUCUGUUCAUCAGCGUGAUGCCGUACGAGUGCGCUGUCAACGUCAUGGACUGCUUCUUCUAUGACGGCGCUAAGGUUAUUUUCCAGGUCACAUUGACCAUCCUGGACAUAAAUCGCGAGAAGCUUCUCAACUGCACAGAAGACGGUCAAGCGAUGCAGAUUCUGAACAGUUAUCUUGAAGGCAUUUACAACGAGGAAGCGAUGGCCUUGUCCACUGAGCCACGAACUGCCGAAAGGACGAUAAAAAUCCAAGAUCUGAUAUACCGAACGUACCGCACGUACGGCGGCAGCGUCACCAGCGAACACAUAGAACACCUGCGUCUCAAGCACAGACUGCGCGUGGUGCGGCAGCUGGAGGACAGCCUCGAGAGGAACACGCUGAGGGCCUUGCAGCAGGACAAACUGCUCGAGCCUAAUGAGCUGCAGGAGUUACUAAGUGCGAUACGUGAAGAGUUGUUAUGGGCGAAGCGAGUGCCGUGCGAGCGACUCGAGGCGCCGUACGAAGCGUACAGGCUCGACUACACGCAGUUCAAAACCUUGUACACAGCUUUAUCACCGUGGGCUAAGGGUGAAUUUGCUGAAGCGAUCACUGCCAGAAUGUUUAAGGUGAUGGACAGCGACGAGGACGGCGCGGUGAGCGCGCGCGGGCUGAGCGUGUGCGUGGGGCUCGCCACGCGCGCCGACGCGCAGCGCCGCCUGCGACUGCUCUACUGUGCGCACGCGCCGCCGCUGCUCACGCGCCAGGACCUGCGCGCCGACUACACUGACACCGGGGAGGAGCUGGCUGCGGACGCCAUCGCCUUCUUUGACAGCAUAGAGAAUCCGACUACACCGGAACCAGAUGCGUCAUCUUCAUUACACCGGUCGAUAAGCGAGGUGUGCGACGACGGCAAUAUGGAGAAAUCCAGUGACAGCACCAACACACAAAGCGGCUCAAGCGGCUGGGGCGAGGGCGCGAUCACGCACACGGCCAAUGAGGUGCGAGCGUGCGCGGUGUGGGGCGUGUGGUCCGCGGCCAGCUCGCCGGGGGCGGGGGCGUGCGCGGGGGUGGGUGCGGGUGCGGGGGCGGGGGGGCUCGUGCCGCCCGCCGCGCCGCGCCUGCCGCGCGCGCACUUCCUGCAGCUGCUGGCCGUGCUGCACGACCUCACGCAACACAACCUCAAGCUGUACGAGGCCGUCGUGCUCGCAGGUACACUGCUCCUACAGUUAGGUGAAUUAAACCAGCGACGACCCGAAUUAGACCGAGAAAUCUCACAGGACAGCUUGUAUUUAGCGGCCGCUGCGAAACAACCUGUUGAGCUGGAUCCAAACGGAAACGCAACAGAACCAGAACAAAGCUCCGACAGUGUUCAGAAGCCGCCACCCUCACCAUCCAAAGACGACCCAGACAAUGGCUGGUCGAUAACGCUAGAACAAUUUUUGGCCACGAUACUGGCCCAACCACCGCUAGAGGAGUACUUCAAUGAGAAUAUAUCGAUACUCCCACAUCUAGAGGCGCUACGGCAGCGGGAUAGGCUGCAUUCAGUGUCGUAGUUUAAACUGAUAGCCGGGUUGUUGGCAAACUAAGUGUACCCUGCUUAUCGAGGUAGGUACUAAGAAUGCACUCUAUGUUAUUGGGAUUACAGUCGAAACUGCUUAUACAAAAAUAUGGUGUAUAAGAGUAUGUUUAAGUUAUGCUAACUUCAGAGGAAACUAAUAAGAAAGGCAUGAAAAGAUUUAAUAACUAACUUAUAACUUAUAUGUUUGCAAUUUUACAUAUUUCUGAAUAAAAUGGUAACCAUGUAUAAUUUUUCUAAUUGUAAUAAUAUAAUGAUACAAAUUGGCGGAGGUAUAUAUACCGCAGGUUGUGAUAUUUUAUUGUCAGAUUUUGAUAUUUAAAAACCAAGAUUUAAUAUUAUCUCAAGAUGAUAUCUAACAGCUAAAUAAUGGACUGCAAUAAUCGUUAUAACUUUCUGAAAAAUCUAUUAGAAUAUUAUGUCUCAUCUUAAGCAGUUUCGACUUUUUAAUCGGUGUCGCAAUAUGUUCAAGUGUCAUUUUCUUUGUUUAUUUUUACACUCGAUAUUCAAAUGAACAUAGAAAACAAUUAACAAAAAUUUUAUGUACUGAAUACACCUUUUCAUAUAUUUCUGAAUAAAACUCUUUGUCUAACGGGCGAUUUCAAUAUACGGUCACAAUCGAUAUUUCCAGGACAGUUGUUAAAACUGACCAAUCAGAACGAAGCUCGUUUGAAAGCAUGUCAAAUGACUCGUUCUGAUUGGUAAACCAAUCGGGAUCAAGUUUACGAUAGCGAUUGCGAUCGUUAUUGAUUUUGGUCGUAAAUCUUUUUAUAUUUACGUUAACAUUGUGAUACAAGAUUUAAUAUUGUAAGUGUAACGUGGCUUAAUAGUUUGAAUGCUUCGUUUAUUGUUUAACAUGUAAAAAUAUGUAUAUAUAGCACAGUAGUUUUCGAUAGACGAGCUUUGCUUAAGUAUAAGAAUUAAUAUUAGUUUAUUUCUUCGUUUUACCAUGCCAUAUAUAAAAACUGUACCUUCGUAUUGCAAAGAUGUACUAUUUCUUUUUCUAAAUUACUGUAGCAAUUUUGGAAAUGAGUGAUUAUUACCACCAGGCGGCGCCUUUAAUAUGUUGCCAUCUCUUUCUUAGACAGUAGUGACACUCGACAUGAAUGAAAUCGCAGAUAAUGUUAAUUAAAGGGUAAUUGGAGUUUACAAAUAACAAUGUAUGUAGAUGAAACCUAAGGUUUUUUUUGUCUAAAUUUUAAUUUAAAAACAUGAUUUUUUAUUAUAAAUUAAUACGAUUAUUAUAUAAAAACUUAAAAGUGUGCUUUCAUGUAUUCGUUAAUAAAAAAAUAAUAGAUAACGUGUAGUGCUUUACUAGAGUAAGAAUUUUUUGUGCAUAAAUGUAUGCGAUUGAAUAACAUUCCACUCUGUAACCGUUAAAAUAAUACCUAGGUUACAAAAAAAUAACCGUUAGUGUCAUAUUUAAUAUUUUUUGGGUACUAUUUUGUAAGACCCGAUGUAAUUUUAGGGGAAAAUAUACGGUAAUAUAAUUUAGAAUAGUACAAAGAUGGCAUUUUAGUGCGUUCUGGGGUUUCGCACUUUUGAAUGAAAGAACGCUUUGAGGGAAAUCAUGAACGGUAAUCAUCUCGAUGCUAAGGUUAAUGAAUAGUCAUCAUUCGUCAGUCGACAUCAUGUCUGGAAUCCACUCCGCUUACUAGCUUACUAUCAGAUGCAGUCCACAGUCAUUUGGCCAUACCCAUAUUUACAAAAAAUACCAAUCGUUUGACAUCAGUAGGUCGACCCAAAAAAAUAACCAAAAUAAAUAAUUUGUGUAAACUUUAUUCUGAUUGGCCCAUUUUCGCCAUCGAUCCGGAGAUAUGGAUUAAGAUUACCGCCGUAAUUCAUUAUCGAAAUUAGGAUCUGUUACGUCGUUUACAGUUUUCGAUUUUGAUUUGAACGUAAAAGCACUUUCAUCUUACAUUCGUUUGAACGAUCACAACCUCAAUGUUCGAUCUAAUUCUGGGAAUGAACUUAUCAAAAUAAUUCAAAUGUAAGCAUGUCAAAAAAACUUUAUGAUUGGUAAAUUUUUGAGAUAAAUCGAAAAAAGCGAGUGAGAUCGUUUAUUGAAAAUGAAUGCUUGUUUUUAAACGUCACGUUUAAUUUGUACUUUUAAUCGCUUUUUUAUACUUGAUUUUAAAGAAUAAUUGGAAAUGUCAUCAAGUUUCAAAACAUAUGUCAAUUUGACAAUUUAACUGAAGAAAUAUAUUAAAUUGUACCCUAAAUAUUAUUGGUUGCGUUUUCAUUUCCGCUGCAGUAGCGAAUAAGUAACAAAAUGAAUGCUUAAAUGUGUAAUGUGUUUAAAGAUUAUGAUAGGAAAUAUAUGUAUCAUGUAUAUAUAGAAGGAAAUUAAUAUAUUACAGUGAUAUUUGACGGUAUAAAUAUUGAUUGAGGGAAGGUAGUUUUUCCACCAUGUAAAGCUGAUAAAAUCUGCCUCAAUGUAAUGUACCAGGGUCAUCCCUACAAUCGAUUCCGAUAUCGAUUAAUCGAGUGAGCGCUUUCAUAGAAUUCUUUAUAUUAUAAAAGGCGAAUAAAAUGUGUAGAGCACUUGUACGGUAUUUUACAUCAAAGGAAUCGUUCAUUUAAUACUGAAAAUUAACUGUAUAUUUUUACUAACCUCAUAUAUAUUACCACACUUUUGUGCUUCGUAAAUGUAAUUGACGGGUGCUUGGCCAACUCAAUGAUGCUUGUAAAUAAAUACGUACAGAGUCCAUAUUAGCUUGCAAAACAUUUAUAUACAAAAUAUUUAUGUAAAUUAUAACAGAAUAUACUUAUUCGAAUGAUUACAAAUAUUGGUCGUUUCAUACAGAUAUGGAGCGAGAAGUAUUUUUAUAAAUCAAAGCAUUACAUUAGAAACUUAUAUAACGAGGGCUUAAUAUUUUUUUUCACGCUUCCAUUUCUAUAUGAAUGUGUUUACUGUAAUCUAGAUGUACCCUUUAGACAAUACAUUCAUAGCUUUCUAUUGCCCAUAUAUUUAUAUUUGAAAAUUAUUCUGAAGGCACUUUUGUUUGAUACCGAAUUCUUGUUUGGUUAUCCAUGUGAUCAGGACAAUAAAUAAUGGUACUUUUUAAACAUCAUUUUUAUAUUCAUAAAAUUAGCUAAACUGUGUAUGAUUUUUUUUAACAGUUAAAGCGCUAGGUUAAGUUUUGUAUCAACACAUUUUAAUUUAACGAAGAUGCAACGACCUACGCAUAAGUCGAAGUACUUGCUUGUCUCAUUUUGACUGCCUCGGUGACGUAGUUGUAAUACGUACGCGGUACGAGUUAGACUACCGCGCUGAGAUCCUGGGUUCAAAUGGCCAGACCAAAAAUAAAUUUAACUGAACUUUCUAUAAAAAUUACUCAGGCGCAGCUCGGAGUCAGGAAAUUGGUGGUGUGAUAUCCCCGUGAAGCACGUUCUUCGCCUGACCUGUCUUCAGUCAUGUCGAUAUACAGGGCCCUUAUUCUGUAUGAUAGUGUAAACGCGUAACGCGGCCGUGUCAUGUUAUCUUCGAGAAAUGUGCGUGGAAUGGUAUUCUGUAAGUCAAAUUUCUAUAGUCCUAAACAUGACGCGUUGUGUUACGUGCUUGUUACGCACUGUUAAAAUAACGUGCGGGAUAGAGAAUAAGGCCCCAGGUCACCGGAUUAUAAGAGUGAAGCAACAGAGAGCGCACGUGGGUAUUGCGCACACGCAUGUCUACUAUAAUAUGUCCUGCGUACUUGGCCGAUCUCCGUUGAUAUUCCGCCGUGGCCGAAAUUAGGCUAGGAGGAAUUCAUUCACAUAUCUGCAUUGCUAGAUAAUAAAAAAAAUGUGCACAUACAUUAUGUAGAAUACGGUACAGCAACGUGCAAUUGCCGAAAAAUCAAAAUGUGUGCGCGUCUUUGUGAAAUGAACUAUUUAUAAUUGGAAAGUGUGUACACAAGUGCUUUCAGAAUUCACCUUACAUCGAAGUGUUAGUGUAUUUAGUACGUAAGCACCCCUUUAGUGAUUAUUGUAAACGUCACGGACCAAGAACUCCCAACGUCCAUCGUAGCAUGAUUUAGAUAAGAUCCUAUGUGUACCCUGUUGUUGCUGAUAUACGUAAUUUAUAUGUAGAAAUCAUGUAGAAUUUGACGUUGGCAGCUCCCAGUCUAUAUUUUGUCGCCUGUACACUCAGCAUAGAAAGUGGCUUUUAUUUCAAGUUUAAACAUCUUUACAUAAUAUAAAAACGUCCCCCGUCUGUCUAUUUGAAUGUGAUAAACUUAAAAACUGAAUGGAAUUUGAUGUCAUUUGGUAUGGAGAGUUUAAGUUCCUAGGAAGGACAUAUGUAUGCUACUUUUUAUCCGGUAAAAUAUAUAGCGGGACUUUAUACCGGAUGAUCUCUUUCAGGCGGGCGAAGCCACAAACAAAGGCUAGUACAUUUAUAAAUUAUAUUUGCAUUGUGUAAAGGUAACAUGUGUUAAGACUGUUGUAAUAUACAAAACUAGUGUGAUUUAUGAUUAUGGUAAUUUUUGACAUGAUGUUGAAAAAAAACAAUAUGGCCAUGUCUUGUUUUAUGAAGUUUUGAACACAAUGUUACAUUAUAACACCAGCUUUCUAUGCAGACUGUACGUUUGCAAUGCAUUAUAAGCUUCGCUGUUAUUUGUAAUGUUCUUGGUGUCACAGCACAAUAUUCGUUUAUGUUACUUAUAGUCCAGUAUGUACCUUUAUCUAGCAUUGUACAAUGAAAUGAAUACAUUUGUUUGACGUUAAUUUUGGUUUUAUUUAUUUAAAAAAAAUGUAGGUAUGUUAAAAAAUAUUGAGGAUUUUUGUAAUGUUCGGAUGUGCGUUCAGAAGUAAAUUUCAAUAAAUGUUUUGACUAG